AUGGCCAUCGACACUCGGCACCCUAUGCAUGAUCAGUUCACAGUGCAACAGAGACUGAGGAGUCGGAAAAAUUUUGUCAACUGUGUCGAUCCUCGAGAAUUGGCCCGGCUCAGAUUCGUGGUUUUGUUACAGAUAACAAUAGUAAUGGGGGCCGUGUUAGGCACUAUCAUAUACAGAAUAUCUAUGGUGUCAGUCAUCUACGGAGGCAGUGGGUUCUUUUUAAAACGACACGCAAAAAUCUUUACUUCAAUGACGGCUGCCUUGAUCAACUUGAUUAUCAUAAUGAUUCUUACCAGGAUAUACGCCAAAGUGGCGGUAACGUUAACGAACAUGGAAAAUCCAAGAACACAAACCGAAUAUGAAGAUUCCUACACGUUCAAGAUAUUCUUUUUUGAGUUCAUGAACUUUUACUCGUCCCUUAUUUACAUAGCUUUUUUUAAGGGCCGUUUCUACGAUUAUCCGGGUGAUGAUCAAGCGAGAAAAUCAGAGUUUUUCAAAUUAAAAGGUGACAUUUGUGAUCCUGCCGGCUGCCUAUCAGAAUUGUGUAUACAAUUGGCCAUCAUUAUGAUUGGCAAGCAAUGCUUUAAUAACUUCGUGGAGCUCGGUUUCCCAAAAUUCCAUAACUGGUGGCGUCAGCGUACACACCGUGCCGUCACCAAGGACCUGAACAAACCUCAUAUGGCGUGGGAGCAGGACUAUCACCUCCAAGACCCGGGCAGACUGGCUCUUUUCGACGAGUACUUGGAGAUGAUUCUCCAAUAUGGUUUCGUAACUCUAUUCGUGGCGGCGUUCCCUCUCGCUCCACUAUUCGCUCUGCUUAACAACAUUGCUGAAAUUCGAUUGGACGCUUACAAAAUGGUCACGCAAGCGAGAAGGCCAUUGGCUGAGAGGGUUGAAGAUAUCGGAGCUUGGUACGGUAUCUUACGUGGUAUCACAUAUGCAGCUGUAGUUUCUAACGCUUUCGUAAUAGCUUAUACAAGCGACUUUAUUCCUCGUAUGGUGUAUAAAUACGUGUAUUCACCGGAUAAUACACUCACGGGGUAUAUUGAUCAUUCGCUUUCAUUGUUCAACACCUCAGACUACAGAGAGGAUUGGGGUGCAGACGAAAAUGAAGUAGAUCCACCAACAUGUGCAUACAGGGGGUACAGGAACCCACCAAAUCAUAAUGACCCGUAUGGACUGUCGCCGCAUUAUUGGCACGUUUUCGCUGCCAGACUUGCGUUUGUGGUUGUAUUUGAGCACGUGGUCUUCGGGCUGACAGGUUUAAUGCAACUGUUCAUCCCUGACGUGCCCACGGAGCUCAAAACUCAGAUGCAACGAGAAGCACUGCUUGCCAAAGAGGCCAAAUACGAACACGGAAGACGGAGACUUUCAACGGAAUGUCGGCCGCUCAUUACUCAGAAGAGUGAAUAUGGCCCUGAACGCCCAACUGGAGGUGGCGGCACGUGGCUCCGACGUCAGUCCCGUGCGUCUGACGGCCUUGACGCUCACGUCAAUAUCGCCCAACGGCCAUCAACACCUACAAUAACCCACUGACAUUUACUUCAACGCGAUCCGGCUAAGAUUUCGUAGCUGGAUAGACUUGAAAACUUUUGGGACCAUCUACUUUAGAGCUGUUUUAAUAAACGUCUCAUACAUUUGAGGCUAAAGUUAAAAAGUUAAAAAUUACCUACAGUGUCAAUGACAGACAUGUUCUCCGGUUGAAACUGAUUGCUAGGGUGUACCCGCGCAGGGACACACGAGACAGCGUGUAGGUAUGUCAAGUCGCAUACACUACAGCUUGAAAUAGAAAUGCAUUUAGAUUCGAAAAUAUAGUUUAAUUACCAAUGUGUAACGAUUGCAAAAACCUAAUAACUCGA